AUAAUAAUCCUAGCAUUGAAUUCAACUUACAUCUGGGGGAUGUGGUUGAGGCUAAUAAGUCCGGUAAUUUAAGAAAAGCGAUUAUGGUUUUCCGUAAAGUGGCCGGGAAUAGAUUCAUUAACAAAGCAGAGUUAAGAAGUUUAAUCGAGGAGAAA